AUGGAUCUGUUUAUCAUCCCCACCUCUCCCUCCCUCAAAAAGCUUCUAAACAACUGUCUUAUGUCCCUCUUUAUCCUCCUUCCUCUCCUCACCAUCAUCUAUUUCUCCACCACCAUUAAUCAAACCUUAUCUCUAUUCUCCUUCCCUCAGCUCUUCAUUAAUGGCCGCUCGGAAAGCUGUGAUUUUUCUAACGGAAAAUGGGUUUUUGAUGAAUCUUAUGCUCAAUAUUAUACGGAGGAAUGCCCCUUCCUCGACCCUGGAUUUCUCUGCCGCUCUAAUGGAAGGAAAGAUAUGAGCUAUCUUCAAUGGCGAUGGAGCCCUCGCAGCUGCGACAUGCAAAGGUUCAAUGCUAGCAUGAUGCUAGAAAAGAGCAAAAAUAAGAGAAUACUAUUUGUGGGGGAUUCAAUAGGGAGGAAUCAAUGGGAAUCUCUAGUAUGCAUGUUAAGGAUAGGUGUCACAAAUCAAACUAGGGUUUAUGAGAAGAAUGGGAAUCCAAUCUCCAAACACAAAGGAUAUCUUAUCAUUCUCUUCGAAGACUAUAACCUAACCAUUGAGUACUACAGAGCACCUUUCCUUGUGGCCAUCGGUCGACCUCUUCCACACUCUCCCAACAUUGUUCGUAGGGCGAUUCACAUCGAUACGCCUCAUUGGGAUUCCAACAAGUGGGUUGGUGCUGAUGUCAUUGUCUUCAAUGCUGGGCAUUGGUGGAAUAUUGAUAAAACCCUAAAGAA